AUGGCACGGCGCGACUACUACGACAUUGACGACAUCCUGGCCGGCCAAGAGCGCGUCCCCUGUCUGCUGCGCGUCGACCUCGACGGUCUGGGCACUGCCGGCAGCGGCACCAGCAAAGUGCAGCGCAACCAGCGCUGGGCGCUGCCGUACUGGAUGGGCGAGCGCCUGGACACCGAGGGCUUCAUUGAGAUGAGCACGCCGGCGGUCUUCUCCAAGCGCGCCAGCCGCAUGUACGCAGCCUCGGCGACCAGCAUGCAGCUGCGAGCCAUCAGCCCGCACUACUACCAGUUUGGUCUGCAGCUGGCAGACAUCGUCCCCGGUCUGCCGGCGGUGCUGCGCAACAUGUACAUGGAGCGGGUGCAGCGGGUUGCGCAGAUCUCGCAGCAGGGGCAGAAUGUCGAGGGCCUGGAGUUUGUGCAGUCGCUGGACCGCACCGAGGCGAAGCUGAUGCAAAAAUACCAGGCUGCACAGGGAGCAAUGGCAGACUGGCAGCACGGAAGAGCCUACAAGCUUGACAAGGCCGGCGUUUUCUGA